UCUGGAAGAGCCCCGCCUGGGCCCAAGUGUGCAGAGGAUGGAAACACUCCCCCGGCAAUGUCUCUGGGCCGCCUCCUUCGCCGGGCCUCCUCCAAAGCCUCGGACCUCUUGACCCUCACCCCCGGUGGCGGCGGUGGGCCCCCUUCCGUCCUGGAUGGGGAGAUCAUCUACUCCAAGAACAAUGUCUGCGUGCACCCGCCGGAAGGGUUGCAGGGGCUCGGGGAGCACCACCCAGGUUACCUGUGCUUGUACAUGGAGAAGGAUGAACUGCUGGGGACCACCCUCAUCCUCGCAUGGGUUCCCAACUCCCGGAUCCAGAAGCAGGACGAGGAGGCGCUGCGUUACAUCACCCCCGAGAGCUCCCCCGUGCGCAAGGCACCCCGCCCUCGGGGCCGGCGUACCCAGAGCUCGGGGGCCCCCCCUCCGCCGUCCCCCAUGGAGCCCAGGCCCACCCUAAUCCCCAGAGAUGAGGACAUCCUGGUGGUGGCCCAGAGCAUGCGAGACCCCGAGCGUGUCAGCCCUUCGCCCGAGGACGGGGAGAAGUUGGCCCUGGGCCUGGGGACAGACAGCUCCCUCCUGGCCUCUCAGCCAGCCCACAGUGACUCGGGAAUCUUGUCGGCGGUCAGCUCGCAGGACGGGACGGAAGAGGGCCGGGAGCCGCGACCCGAGGCGGGCGAGGAGGAGGGCUCCUUGGAGCUGUCGGCCGAGGGCGUGAGCAGGGCCAGCUCCUUCGACUCGGACUCAGAGGCCUUCUCUUCACCCUUCUGCCUCUCGCCCAUCAGCGCCGCCCUCGCAGAGAGCAGCAGCUCCGUGUUCCUGGAGAGCGAGAGCGGCUCCCCCUCCAGCGUGGACGCCCACCUGCAGUUCCCGGACAGCAGUGGCCUCCUGCAGCCCCCGCGCUGGGACGAGCCGCAGCGGGCCUGCGCCUUGGAGCAGAUCUGCGGUGUGUUCCGAGUGGACUUGGGUCACAUGCGCUCCCUCCGCCUCUUCUUUAGCGAUGAGGCCUGCACCAGCGGCCAGCUGGUCGUCGCCAGCCGGGAAAGCCAGUACAAGGUGUUCCACUUCCACCACGGUGGCCUGGACAAGCUGCCCGACGUGCUUCAGCAAUGGAAAUACUGCGCAGAGACGCACCUCAAAGACCAGCAGGUCGCCGACGAAAAGACGUGCAUGCAGUUCUCCAUUCGGCGUCCCAAACUGCCGUCUUCCGAGACGCACCCCGAGGAAAGCAUGUACCGACGGUUGGAUGUCGCGGCCUGGCUCCGCCACCUGAACGCGCUGGGCCAGGUGGAGGAGGAGUACAAGCUCCGCAAGGCCAUUUUCUUCGGCGGCAUUGAUGUGUCAAUCCGGGGGGAGGUCUGGCCCUUCCUGCUGCGUUAUUACAGCCACGAGUCGACGUCGGAGGAAAGGGAGGUGCUGCGGCUGCAGAAGAGAAAGGAAUACGCCGAGAUCCAGCAGAAAAGGCUCUCCAUGACCCCUGAAGAGCACAGAGCGUUCUGGCGGAACGUGCAGUUCACCGUGGACAAGGAUGUGGUACGGACAGAUCGAAGCAACCAGUUCUUCAGAGGAGAAGGCAAUCCCAAUGUGGAGAGCAUGAGGAGGAUCCUGCUGAACUAUGCGGUGUACAACCCAGCCAUCGGCUACUCCCAGGGCAUGUCGGACCUGGUGGCACCCAUCCUGGCCGAGGUCCUGGACGAGUCAGACACCUUCUGGUGCUUUGUGGGUUUGAUGCAGAACACGAUCUUUGUCAGCUCUCCUCGGGAUGAGGACAUGGAGAAACAGCUGCUGUACCUGCGGGAGCUGCUGCGGCUGACGCACCUGCGCUUCUACCAGCACCUGGUCUCACUGGGCGAGGACGGCCUGCAGAUGCUCUUCUGCCACCGCUGGCUGCUGCUGUGCUUCAAGCGGGAGUUUCCCGAGGCUGAGGCUCUGCGGAUCUGGGAGGCCUGCUGGGCCCACUACCAGACGGAUUACUUCCACCUUUUCAUCUGUGUGGCCAUCGUGGCCAUCUACGGGGAUGACGUCAUUGAGCAGCAGCUGGCCACCGACCAGAUGCUUCUGCACUUCGGAAACCUGGCCAUGCACAUGAAUGGGGAGCUUGUUCUCAGGAAGGCAAGGAGUUUGCUCUAUCAGUUUCGCCUCCUGCCGCGGAUCCCCUGCAGCCUGCAUGACCUGUGCAAGCUGUGUGGGACUGGCAUGUGGGACAGUGGUUACAUGCCCGCCGUGGAGUGCACAGGCCAGCACCCGGGGUCUGAGAGCUGCCCAUAUGGGGGCACUGUGGAGACGCCUUCGCCCAAGCCCCCCAGAGAAGGCAGGAAGGGCCCAAAGACGCCCCGGGAAGGCUUCGGUUUCCGCAGAUAGGUUGGGCUCCCUGUGCUAGACGAGGGGUGAGGGAACCUCAGCCAGGUCCCAAGCAUGGGGGAGGGGGUGGGGCUGGGCUUGGAGGGGAUGGGAUGGUAGAAACAGAAGGAAAAUGCCCUUGGGCGGCAUGAAGGGAAACUUUUCAUAUUAAGGACAAAAGCGGAGUCCAGAAGUGACAGAAGUGGAACCCGCCAGCUGCCCAGAGAAAAGUCACCUCCCAAAAAAGCGGGACCAAAAUGCACAGCCAUCCCACCUGGACACGCAGGCUGGCUGGGUUCUCGUGUUGCCUGCCUUUGAUGGCUCUCCACACGUCCCAGGAAUUCCUCCAGCUUCAUCAGCCACCGAAGGGUAUUGCCAGGCACUGGGAAAGGCAGAGACAGAAGGAGAGGUCUUGUGCACCCACCAGUGCCGGGGAGUGCAGAACAAGGGGGUCCUGUCCAGGCCCAGAGACAUCUUUGCAAGCCGGACACACCCGCCUCAUCAGGCUUCAUUCUCUGAAAGAACCAAACAUACUCCACAGCUUCUCCAGCCACAGCUGCAAAGCUGAUGUGAAGACAUCUGCC